UUGGACAGAACUAGAAAUUUGAAUCUAUAUAUAUUCAUCAAUUUAUAGUAUCUAGAUUUUUUGGAUACGCCAAUUGAAGUCGUGUCAAAUUGGAAAGAAAUUUUAUUUUCUUUAACAGGCAGAAAAUCAAAAAUUGAUAGCAGGGCAUCUUUUGAACCCCUCUAUUAAGUUACGCCCAAUGCAGAGUAGCUAUAUUUUGCUCAGUUUUAACAGUCAAGUUACUGUAGUUCUGAUCCUAAGUUAAACAUUCACGUCAACAGAUCAGAUUGUCCUCAGAUCAAAUUGUCCUCAUUCGAAGAGGUUGCAUUGUCAAAUCGCAAGCAUAUCAUUGUUUAUCUACUUCAUAAAUUUCCAGUUUCAAGCCCAAGCUCUUGCUUAUUUCAAUUUUAUUUUUUAGGGCUUUGUUCAUGUCCGCAUUUGGUUUCCACAAUUUCCUGGCGUUGUGAUGCAAUCGGAUCAGGAGCUAAUUAUCAUGUGCAAGCCUCCAGAGCCAACUAUAAUAGAGAAUAAGGCAGCUGGAUUCGCGGGCUCCUUCCCACAUGGUGCUCGAGUCUCGGGCAUAGUUGAAGAGAUGCCAAAUCGAUUGGAAUAUGAGGUCGCACUGUACAAGGAGGCACCGCCCAUAGCACGUGUCAGCGGCACCAACAAUCCAGUUAGCUCCUCGAAUGAUCCGGCCUCUCUGCUGGCCGACAAUGAUCAGACAGUGGACCAAGCUGUGCCACUGGGCACCAAGUUACAACUGCGAGCACGCAUCAGCCAGUCGGUGUGGAAGUAUGUCAAGCUGAUGGAGGUGACUGUCUCACCAGAUCCAGAGAAUCCACUUGCACCUGGCUCUGUUUCCCUGGUGCACAAUGGUUGCCGCAAUCGGGAGCUGGCCACAAUUAUUCCCCAUCAGCCGGCCAAAUAUCGUGAUCGACCCAACGAGGUGUUUCUCGACUUCGAGGCUUUCUUGCUCAGCUCCAUGAAGGAGAAGGCCACACUUUGGAUACACUCACAGAUCAAGGCCUGCAUAGACACGACCGAUUGCACGCCUGACUUCUGUGUCGAUCUCUAUGAGCCGUCGGGUCAUGGCCGAAAGCGACGACAAAUUGAAUCAACAACAUCUACAGUGAACUCUACGAUAAUGCAACGGGCUGGGAGUCGUAAUGCUUCCACUGUUGCCUCAGAGUUCAAACGCUUUAAAGAGAACAUCGAGUACACCGUUAUAAUGCCCGGACAGGUGAAUAAAAAGGUGGGCCUCCUAAUCGAUCUGACGUCGCAGUGUGGCGGCGCCCUGCUCAUUAGCUCGUUUUUUGUAUUCAUGAUUACGCUUUGCUGCUCGAUUAGCUGUUUGAUAGCAUUGCGCGUGCAAAGCGAAAAAAAGCUAAGACGUCGCCAGCUUACCUCCGGGUUCAACACAGGUUAUGCAGGUCGAGCGACGGUUCAAUAAACGAAACGGGAAAUACAUUAUCAAAAGAAAUAUAAAUAUAGAAAAGAAAGAGCUCUGCAUUUAGCAUUAGUCUUCGAGCUAUGGAUAUCAUAUGCAUUUAUCAAGUGUACCUUUACUUUAUAUAACAUAGAA